CUUGUUUUACACAUUUACGUUUUUCGUUUCGUUUUAAAACUUGGAUGGAUUCAUCUCACGUCCGUGCCGACAGUGUGCGCGUUUUUUAGUGUGUGAUUUUUGUGACUGUGGAUUUUUAUCGCGUUUUGUGUUCUUGGUAUUUGUUUGGCUUCACCUGUGUUUACACGGUACUUUGAAGAUAUAGCAUGAUGUCACCGAUAUCGGCGAGCGAAGAACCGUUAGGAAAUGGCACCACGAGUCCGGACCAUUUCGUCCAAACGGCCGACCAAACGAAAAGUCAAUGUUCUUCGUUGUCGGACGGCGAGAACUACGAGUGGUCCGGCGAAGGCGCCGACAUGGACGCCGAUUCCGGCAUCGCAAGCGACAAGAACACCAGAGAAAAUGGUAGCGGUACAAGAAGUCCAUCCGGCAUUAAUCGUAACACUUGGCUGAGGACAAGUUUGAGACGUUCUUCACCCAAUCAUCAAGAUUUGCCACACAGAAGAUGGGGCUCUUUCAGAGUCAAUGGAAAAAGACAGUUAGGUUCCAGCGCGUUGGCAAGUGAGUUGUACAGGAGCUCCAGUUUCAAUUCGUCUGGAAGGAGUAGCACGUGCGACACCGCCGAUGAUAUGUACUCGGAUGCAUCCCUGGAGGAGGAUGUGCACGAUCUCCACCAUAAGUUUCAAGUGUUGCAGCAAAAAGUAGGAGUCCUGGAGGAUUCAGCGCACCAAAACGACGAAAGGUACACGAGGGUCAAGGCUGAAAAUGCAGCCCUUCAAGCACGAGUCAUCAUGCUUGAAGAACAGCUUCGUGAUACCGAAUAUCGUUACGAAGAAAAGCUACAGGACGAACAAAGGCGGUCGAAAGAAUUGAUGAACAGAUUAGAUAGGGAGAAACAGCUACAAUUAGAAAACGCCAGCAUACGCUUACAAUCUGCCGAGGUCGAGUCGACGAAUUUCAAAGAGGAAGUUACAAGGCAACGAGCCAGAAUCGAAAAACUGGAAGCUGAGAGAAAGGAACUCACCGAUCAAAUACAAGAUCUUACCAACGAAAUUAUCACUGCUAAAGAACAAGCCACUAGUUUUAGAGAAAAGGAGAGAAGACUGAACCAGGAGCACGAGGCUCAAGUCCAACUGCUGGAGGACAUGUCGAAAGAAGUGGAACGUUUGCGGGCCGAAAAACGCACGCCCGCCCUCCCGACGACGUCCCCCGAGGCUUUGAGGUUGGAGGAGUUGCACGAAGAGAUGCAGGCGUUGAGGGCGGAAAACGCCCGUCUGCAGGAGACCAACGAGGAGUUGCAGGCGAAUCUCCUGCACGCCGGUCUGGAGCAGGGUCGCAUGUUGACCGCUGGCGAAAACAAUCUGGCCGCCGAACUCAACGCCAUGAGCAAAGAUGAGAGUAUUCCACAAGACCAAGAGUCUAUUGCGAAGAUUCAACAGGCCUUAAAAGAACAGCAGGAGGAUAAUGUGAGACUGCGCUGUUACAUCGACGGUAUUCUGUUGAAUAUCGUUGAAAAUCAUCCUCAAUUGCUCGAAGUGAAACAAAGAUCUGUUUAAUUGUACAUAUUCAAUUUUAAAAUUGUAAAUAAUCGUGUAUAUAAAAUAAUAAUAAAAUACAUGUAUAUCUUAAAAUAGUCCGUCCAAUUUGUGAUUAGACACUGUGAUUAGUGAACUUGUGUAUAUUAAGGACUCAAACCGAUAAUUUUAACGAAUUGCUGUUAUGUAAAUUUGUAUAUUUUAUAUAAACUGAUUACUAUUUUAAUGAGAAUUAUUAAAAAUCCUGUAAUUUAUUUGGGUCGCCCAAAUUGCCAAAUAAUCGAACAUGUUGAGAUGUUUUUGUUUAUAUUUUAUAAAUAUUUUAUGUAAGUUGUAAUUAUGUGUAGCGUAAUGUAAUAUAACAUAAAAUAUAGUGUAUCAAACUAAAAACAUUGUAGUGAACCGGCCUAAUUUCCUGUUAUAUAAGUUGUACUUAAGUUCCGAAAGUACCAUAAAUAAAUAUUGUUAACCAUUAUUAUCGAAAAAAAUAUAUAUUUAUGAUUA